AUGAUUCACGGCCCCAAUUCCCAAUUUUCAGGAGCAUUUACUAUUGGUAAACGAUAUGAAUGUAUGAUAUUUCUCUAUUUCUUAGCUGCCAUUUACUAAACUAAUCCAAAUCCAGGGUAAUGUAUGCUAUUGACAUAGUCCAAAUCACUACUCUAUUAAUCCAAUUGAUAAACCCAUCGGGUUCAAAUUUUCAAAAUCGAAUAGAAAACCUUUAUAUUAACCUAGUAUAGCACCAGAUCCUGGAGCAUAUGAUCUAAAAUUUUAGGUCUUUAAAAAUAUAACUUAAUUAGACCAUCUCCUAAAAUUCACCCUCUGCUGUAUUUACAACUGCCAAAGAUCAAUAGUAGCGAGUUUUCGAAAUUGGUCCUGGAUCUUAUAAUUGGACGGAUUAAAAAAAGGCUCCAGCAUUUACCUUUCAAAGCAAAUUCGAUUCUAUUGGUAAUCAGAUACUAUAAAACCCUGGUCCAGGAACUUAUGAAACUAAACAUUACCAUACUCACUAGCCAUAAAAUAAGGGUUUAUCAACGAGCAAGAGGGCUAACCAUUUAACAUCAAGUACUCCAGGACCAGGAUCAUACGAUGUCGAAAUACCCAAAUACUCAGCUAUCAUCAAGUACAAUCAAUAUCUAACAGAUUUCCAAAAUCAUAGAGAAGUUUAGAGUAAAGUUAACUUGGACCUGGCCCAGGAGCUUUUGAUUUGAGUUUGCCAAAACAAUAAGGGAUAACGUUUGGAGUAAAAGGGAAUCAAUAAACUGAAAAAUAAAGUGUUCCUGGCCCUGGUAGUUACAAAUUAAAAUCAUUUGUUGAAUAUGAUGAAAGAGAUUUAAAAUAAAAUAAAGUAAAAGGAGCCAAGUAUAAAUAAUUUACUCAAAACUAGAAUCGGUACUUCAAAAAGAAGUAGUUAAAAUUUUCUCAAGUUUGGACCAUCACCUCUAGAUUAUGAUGUAUCCAAUUACAAAUAUCCUACCAGACAUGCUAGGUAAAAACAUAUAAAAUAAUUGUAGUUUUGGAAGUGCAGUUCGAUAAUCAAUAAUUCAAAAUGAGAAAACACCUGGCCCUGGAUAGUAUAUGGUUGAUUCCAAACUUAGAAGAAAUGGACCUGUCAUACCAAAAGCCGCAAAAGAUUUCAGCUCAUUAGAUAAUAAUCCUGUAUUUUGUACGAUUUAUACACUUUAGGGUCCUGGAAAGUACAAUCCUAACAUAUCAAUGUCAACAAAUAAAGGACCCAGCUAUCACAUUGCUGGCAAAUACGAAAAACCAUAAGAAGGCAGUUUGGUUGGACCUGGAAGAUAUAAUAUUUCAAGGAACAUCAAUGAUGGACCUAAAUAUACAUUUCCAACGUUAGAAAAGAGCAUGGACAAUAAAUCACUAGAUAUUAAUUAGUAAUUUCCUUAAGUUUAUUUAAAUAGAUCGCAUUGCUAUGAAAUCUAAUAAACCAUUGGAUAUAUACCUCCGUACAACUUACAGAAUUGAAUAAAAUCAAAACGG